GAUAGACGGCACCAAUGUCCUGGCUCAAAAUUUAUCAAUUCCGAGGAGUUAUCUCCAGGAGCUGCUCACCAUCGGAAACCUUUCUCGUCGACUCAACGACUGUGGGUGCACUUCACUCUCCAUUUCGCUGCGGCUACGUCAUUGUGCGGUUGUCCUUGUUUGGGGCCCCACCGAGCAAACCGGCUUCGAGCAACACGGUGAAGGUUACGAUGGCGCACAAUAAGCCCACGUCAACUCGAGACACUCUACCGACCGCAGCUCCGGAUGACGUUACCGCAGACUCCAACGUUACGUCCAAGGCACCGCAAUGGAGUCGGCUGAGAGCACUACUACAAACUAUCGUCGAACGGGAUUACCCGUGGCUGGGAUGGGCUUUCGUCUACAGCUUCACGCUAUUUUUUCUGUUCGUGUACCGGUGCAUUGGGCUCAGCGCUCUGAUUUCCAUGUACGCUAGUGCUGAGGACGGCACUCUGGCUGUGGUGCUUGGAGUCUUAAUACUGGGGUUCUUGGAGGACUUCGUCUGCGUCACGUACUUUGCGUGCACUCUGUGGUUGUUCGACAAGCUCAAGCCUAUUGUAGCCAAACGAUUCACGGGUGAAGGAGUAGCCAUUCGAGUCGCUGGGAAGAUGGCUGUCUUCUCUGUAUCGUGGCUACUCUUCGUGGCCUUCACUAUCCCAGUAGUAGCUGAUGUACUCAUCGUGCGUCUGCGGGACAUGCGCUUCACCUUCGACAUCAUCGUCAUGGCUAUUCAGGAGAAAGACAACGCCAGCUCUUUCGAAGUUUCGACCGAGGAGAUUACGGACGCGUGUGUGAAUGCCACAGCUCUAGUACUAGCAGCGACGUUCUUCGCCUUUGUGCGUACAAGAGCUUCAUGGGCAGAUCUUGCAAGGUGGAAUCCGACUCAGAUCGCUUUGCCUCUAAGUUCUUCAUACGCUUACGAUAUCUUGCGUUUGACUGGUAGUACCAAGAACCAACUCAACUCUAACGAACCAAAAGUUCAAGAAUCCAGUCCAGUUACAGAAGACGCUGAAGUAUCGACACUAACUGAAAAAGUUGACGACAAAGGUACCAAGAGCUCUCGAUACGUGACAGUUGAUAUCGACGCCUCGGAAUGUUCCACCGCUGCAUCGGAUGACGACAACGACACCUCUCAAUGUUUACCGGUAGAGAAAGAGGACACCAAUCGAGUGGACAAGCGCCAGUAUCUUCAGCAGAGUCUCAUCGCUCUUGUCGGUCUGAUUCUCUUCCCCAUGCUCAUCAUCGCAGUGAGUUGUGCGUGUUCUCCUCUCGUCGCCUACUCAGCAUUGAACACGACACUCAACGAGAUGCUUGGCCAUGCCUUCCAACCAGAUGUUGACGGUAGUACCUCUGCAGUCGACGAAAAGGACCUUCCUUGGGUCGAGACGUACAUUCAUCACGCAACGGAGAACCACGAAUUGUUCGGGAAUGACACACUUUAUCGACGUACUACCGGGUUCCAAGGAGAUCUCGCGUUUGACGUCAAGGUUAACCCGAAAAAUCCUCCGAAUGUUCUACUUCUGGUGAUCGAAUCCUUCCGGUACCACGACUCGCACUACCUCGUAGGGGACGAAGAUCCGUCCAACCUUUUCAAAGACAGCGAUAUGACCAUCACCCCGAAUUUUGACAAGUGGGCGAAGCGUGGUAUCGCUCUACGGAACUACUGGUCCAGUUGGCGCACUAGUCGAUCGGUGGAGAGUUUGUUGUUCGCACAACUUCCAUAUGAUCACGUGACCAAGUCCGGUAUGACUGGAGGUCAACAUGAGACCAAUUUGUCUGGUUUACCGCAGCUCUUUAGUGCUAAAGGGUACGAAACAUUCUUCACGACUGGAUGUAGAACGAACUAUGACAGUUGGGACGCUUUCCUCCCAGCUCAUGGCUUUGACACUGUGUGGAGUCGUAACGAGAUGAUGAAACUUGCCCAAAGCGACUUGGGCAUCAAACCUGGUGACUGGAAAGGACCUGAACACCGAGGACUCAACUGGGGUGUGCACGAUGACUUAAGUUUCCAGCUUCUCGGCGAUUUAUUCGUGAACAAGACCAAGGCUCAAGCUGAACGAGUAGCGAACGGAGAACCAAAGAAGCCGCUGUUCCUUACGCACUAUACAAUUUCGAGUCACGUCAACUACGUACAGCGACCCAAAUGGUACGACGAGUCGAAGAAACCCGAUUUUUCGGCAUUGUAUAAAGGGCAAAAGUACGCGGACAACAUCAAAAAUUACCUGGAAAUCCGGUAUUUUACCGACAUGGAAUUCGGUAAAUUCAUGGAUCGAAUGGCUGAAGCAGGUAUUCUCAAUGAUACGAUUGUGGUUAUCUCCGGCGAUCAUGGUCAAGGACCAGAGUUUGGCAACGAUGUCCCUGAAGACCGAGAUGUCUCUGCGACUCGAGUGGCUGGCGCUAUUGUCGCUGAAGGGCGACUGGGUGACGCUGUGGGGAUGGUCAUGGACGACGCCAUGGAGCAGUAUGAUAUCUUGAACACACUGGCGGAUAUUACCGGAGUACCGGAGGGAGGAUUCGAGCAAGACGGCGUGGGUCGGUCACUUAAGCGUAAGAUUAAAUUCGGUAAACGGGUUGUGUACAGCAACAACCCCACGCGGAAGAUGUCGGUUGUGCGUGGACAUGAGCGACUGCGGUACGACAAGGUGACGGACUCGAUGUUACUGCAUAAUCCGGACACGGAUCAUGAUAUGAAGAACGAUCUACUACCUACUCUUACGGAAGAGGAACGUGCAGACUGGAUUAGUUGGCGUGACGCUGGGCGUCGUAUCAACUCGUACUACACGAAGCGCUGGGAGGGAAAGUGCUUACUUGCUGCGGAAUGUUGAUUUAGUAGAACGAAGAGUCAAGGUACACCCAGUGAAUAGAAUUAUAAAGUACUUUAUCCUUGAAGGUUUCAAGUUGAAGAAAAAGGAAAUACUACGUAGUAAGUAUGGGAAAAAGCAGGCGGGCUUUCUCGAAAUGAAUGAAGAACAACGGCAACUAUCUGAGAGCCAACGGGGCACCACACUAUCUCACGGUAUGUUUCGGUCUUUCAAAAUGCCGGUGUUGAAAACAGGAUCGCUAGUGAGCCACUUAAUCGAUGGCUUUUUGCUGGUGUCUUUUGGGUCCAGUCUUGCUGGCUUCCAGUUUACUGCUUCUAAGUAAAUCAUAUUUCAAAAUAUGAUAUUAUCAUAUUAUGAAGUAUUAUUCUUUC